UGGCUAGCUGCGGUAGAGGCUGUACCGCUAACCGUAUAUCGUGUCAGCGCCCCCUGGACGCACUGCAUUAUCCCCUCUUUAUAUAAGACCUGAGAUCUUCUCAGAGUACCAUUUCCCCAUACCCGACGGCCCUCAAGGCCUCAUAUACAUACCUCGUUAGGCGCCCGAACACCUUCGGACACUUUCUGAUUUCGUCAUCGGUCAUCUCAGCAUUUCUCUUUCCACUCUCAUCCCACUUCUUGCUCGACACGAUGGAGGCCUUCAAACUCCAAAAGAAAUACCCCGAGGUCAGUCGGGAGGAGAUGUUCGACCUCAUCAACCGCUUCAACGCGAUAUCGACGGAUACGCCGGGACGCGUCGACAAGACCGCGGCGCUGCACGCUGUGCAGAAGAGCGGCGAGUCGUACGAUGUGGCGCGCGAGACGCUCAAGCACGUCAGCGUGGACGCGAGCGGAAAGCUCGAGCUGGACGAUUGGGUCGAGCUGAAUGUCAAGCUGCGGACGCAUCAGCAGAACGCGCUCAAGACGAAGGCGGGCAAGGUCACCGUGCAGGGGUCGAAUGCGAACGUCAGCCACACGAUCAACGAAGAUGAGCGGCGCGAGUUCACGAAUCACAUCAACGGGGUUAUCGAGAAUGACCCUGACAUUGGGUCGCGAUUCCCCAUCCCCACCGACACUAUGCAGCUGUUUGACGACGUUAAGGACGGCCUCAUCCUCUGUAAACUCAUCAACGACUCCGUCCCCGAGACGAUCGAUAUGCGUGUCCUCAACAAGCCCACCGCACGCAAGCCGCUCAACGCGUUCCAAAUCACCGAGAACAACAACAUCGUCAUCACCUCCGCCAAAGCCAUCGGCUGCUCGGUCGUCAACAUCGGCUCCACCGAUAUCUCAGAGGGGCGCGAGCAUCUCAUCCUCGGCCUCAUCUGGCAGAUCAUCCGCCGCGGCCUGCUCGCGCAGAUCGACAUCAAGCUGCACCCGGAGCUGUACCGCCUGUGCGAGGAGGGCGAGACGAUCGACGACCUCCUGCGCCUCACGCCCGACCAGAUCCUCCUCCGCUGGUUCAACUACCACCUCAAAGCCGCCGGCUGGAAGCGUCGUGUCAACAACUUCAGCCGCGACGUCCAGGACGGCGAGAACUACACCGUCCUCCUCCACCAGCUCAAGCCCGAUGACUGCUCGCUCGCCCCGCUGCAGACCAGCGAUCUUCGCACGCGUGCCGAACAGGUCCUCCAGAACGCCGCGAACAUCGGCUGCCGGAAGUACCUCACGCCCUCGUCCCUCCUUGCCGGCAACCCGCGCCUGAACCUCGCCUUCGUCGCCAACCUUUUCAACACGCACCCAGGUCUCGAGCCCCUCGACGAGCAGGAGGCGAAGGACUAUGGUGUCGUCGAGGACUUCGACGCAGAGGGCGAGCGCGAGGCCCGCGUCUUCACGCUCUGGCUCAACUCCCUCGGCGUCGAGCCCGGCGUCUUCAACCUGUUCGAGAACCUCAAGGAUGGCCUCAUCAUCUUGCAGGCCUUCGAUAAGGUGCUCCCGGGCAGCGUCAUCUGGCGCAGGGUGUCCAAGCCGAACCAGGGUCGCGGCGCCACCCUCGGUGCCUACGUCGCUGGCGAAGCGGAGGAGGGCGAGGAUAUUGGCGUGAAUCCGACGCCUGGUCUCUCGCGCUUCAAGUGCGUGGAGAACACGAACUACGCGGUCGAUCUUGCGAAGCAGAACGGCAUGCACAUGGUCGGCAUCCAGGGUGCGGACAUUGUCGAUGGAAAGAAGACGCUUGUGCUCGGCCUUGUAUGGCAGUUGAUGAGACUCAACAUCACCAAGACGCUUACUGCGCUCUCCAAAACCGGAGGAGGACGACCAAUCAGCGACACGGAAAUGCUCAAGUGGGCGAACACGACUGCGCAGGCCGCGAAGCCAGGCGUGCGCCCCAUACGGUCGUUCAAGGACCCGUCGAUCACCACUGGCCUCUUCUUCCUCGACCUUCUCGACGCGAUACGGCCGGGUAUCGUCGACCCCGAGCUCGUGAUCCCUGUUGCGGAGACAGGCCCGUACGAGGACAGGAGACAGAACGCUAAACUCGCGAUCUCCAUCGCGCGUAAGAUGAACGCGCUGAUCUUCCUCGUGCCCGAGGAUAUCGUCGACGUGCGCCCGAGGCUGAUUCUCACCUUCGUGGGUAGUCUCAUGAGCAUUGCGCACUAGCCUAGUGUUGUUCUGGAUGUUGGAAAUGGAACGUACAUGAAUGUCUGUUUACUUUAGGAAUCUCAAAGCAAAUGUUGUACUGUACACUGCCACUUUAGCGAAUAAAAUACGCGGAUGGAAUGCCAUCCUGGAUAAGGCUUACCCUUGCCUUUCCCGCAAGCCCGAUUGCCAAAGAAAAAGGCACUCCAGACCCUCCCCAUGCAUUAAAUGCAUUACAGCGUUUUGCGUAAACCUU